GUCUGGGAAGAUGGGAAAGUUCUGGGGAUGGGUGGUGGUGAUGGUGGCACAGCGUGUGACAGUCCUGAAUGCCUCAGAGCCGUACACCAGAAAAGGUUAACGUGCUGACAUCGUUGGCUGUGUGUGUUUUAACCACCCGUUGUUUUUUUUCAGGGGGGAGCGGACGGAAAGCGAUGACAACCAGGCACAGGAAGCACGUGACUUCUGGGUAGAAGGAAGGAAGAAACCUGAAUUAAUACGCCAGACCCCAAGACACCAGGGCACCCAGCGGCAGCAUCUCAUGCAGCUUCCACCUCUUGGGGUGUACUGGACCCCUGGCCACUGCUCCUUCCCCAUCACUCACUCCAUCCAGCAGAUGACAGGCCCCCUCAGCUGCCAGCCCGUGGAUGCCAUCUGAGAUGUCCCCUUUCUGUUGCUGGGGCCUGCCCGCAGCUCUUCUUGCUCUGCUCUUCUGCCCAGGGUCUGGCGAGGAGGCGUUCGAGGUCUACAUGUCGCCAGCGCAGCUGCUGGUGAAGCACGGAGGGUCCUCUGAGAUCAACUGCAGCACCAGCUGCCUGCAGCCCACCGUCAGCGGCUUGGAGACCACCCUAAGCAAGACUCUGCUGCACAAGCAGCCUCAGUGGGAGCUCUACAGGGUCUCCAACGUCUCCACGGACACGGUCGUAUAUUGCCACUUCACCUGCUCUGGGAAGCAGGUGCAGCGGAAUGCCAGCGUCACCGUGUUCUACCCCCCAGAGCAAGUGCUGCUGAAGCUACAGCCCACUUGGGUGACUGUGGGCAAAGUCUUCACCAUGGAGUGCAGGGUGCCGGCGGUGGCACCUCUUGAGAACCUCACCCUCACCUUGCUCCGUGGCCAGGAGCCCCUGCACAUGCAGAGAUUUGAGGGGGAAACAGCUGCCCCCCAAGAAGCCAUGAUCACACACAACAGCACGGCUCACAAGGAAGACGGUCGCCACAACUUCUCCUGCCGGGCGGAGCUGGACCUGCAGCCCCGUGGUGGGAAUUUGAUCCGAAUAAUCUCAGAGCCCCAGGUGCUUGAGAUCCAUGAGCCCACGCCGGACAACCAGAUGGUCAUCAUCAUCGCCGUCGUGUCGGUGCUGCUGCUGCUGUUUGUGGCGUCCGUCCUGCUGUGCUUCGUCUUCGGCCAGCAGUGGCACCAGCGGCGGCGAGGCAAUUACGGGGUACAAGCCGCGUGGAGGAGGCUGAGACGCUCCUACCGGGCAUAGCCUGCGUGGCCCCGGCCCCGGCAGCCACUGGGACUCAGCGUGGCUCUCAGCGAUGUGGCCACGGCCACGGCAGCCACUGGGACUCAGCGUGGCUCUCAGCGAUGUGGCCCGGCCACGGCAGAAGGACAGUGACAAGCCGCAGAGGACUUGGGGGACGUUUCCUUUUCUAGUCUGAAUACAAACGCCUGGACCUAA